AUGAAACACAGGUGUUCGAAGUUCACGAAGCUGCAAGUGAAGGAAGGUCCAUCAAGUGCUGGCAGUGACUCUACAGUGGUAGAUCCUAAUAACGAGCUGAAGGAGGCAGUCCGUGUACUGCACGAAACGCAACGAACCCUCCUUUCCAGCCAAGCGACAAGUACAACGAAUAUGGAAGAGUUGGCUGUCCAGCUUCGUCAGCAGCACUUGGAGCCAAUCGACACGCAGUUGCCGUCGUACAAUUUGCCCGUGUUCAGACGUGACAGGAAGCAGUGGGCUUCUUUUAAAGAUCUUUUCGUCAACGGCGUCGAUAAUAAAAACCUAACUAGUGCUCUAAAGCUACAAUUACUGAUGUCCCAUCUGGAAGGUGUUGAGCACUUCGACAAACCAAAGUUCACAGUUGCCGCUCUGGUUCAGGAGUUCUGCGACCAACCGGCAAUAAGGCAUCUGAAUCUUGCAAGCUUACAAAAGUUAGUGUCUACGUCCGACGAGGUAAUUCGUCAACUCUGUGCCCUGGGGCCAACUUGCGAAACGAGAGAUCCUUGGUUGAAUCACAUCGUACUGAAGAAGCUUGAUGAUGGUCUUCGGUCUCAGUGGGCACAGCAUAUUGUGGAUAAUGACGACCCAACGUUCGUAGAUCUUCUCAAGUUUCUUAAAAGGAAGUGUGAAGCGUUGGAGACAUGUGCAGUAUUCGGUGGAAAACCCUCGAAGUAUGGCAGAAAGGAACCUCAUAGAGAUGACCGCAAGCAACUCACCGCAAAAAAGGAAAUCAAGGCAUUCAAUGCAGUUCAACAGCAGUCGUAUCCGGUUUGGGAGGAAAGCCACAGGAUUUAUGAGUGCACCGUCUUCAAGGAAUCUUCUGUCAACAAAAGGCGCGAACGAGUGCAGCAAGCGAAACUAUGUUUCAAUUGUCUGAGACCAAACCAUUGCGCCAAAUCCUGUCCGUCGAAGUCGGUAUGCCGCACACCACACUGUCAACAACGUCACCAUACGAUGCUGUGCAAGGCAGACAAAAAUGAGCUAACAUCGACCCCGCCGUCAGAAAAGCAAGUUUCGUCUUCGCCUUCACCACAGCAACCGCAAAGUUCUGCAGCAGUCGACAUCAAGCCAGCGGUGUCCUGCACGACUAACGUCAAAAACAGCUGUUCUUCGGUUGUCAUCGGCCUACUACCAACGGCAUUAGUACGAGUGAAGCGAAUUGAUGGUCAGUGCCAGGAAGUACGAGUGAAGAUUGAUAGCGGUUCACAAGCAUCACUUAUCACGGAGAAUUGCGUGACCAAUCUCGGAUUGCAGCGAAGCAACGCUAAUCUGAUUGUCACUGGAAUCGCAAGCUGCUCAUCGGAAACCACCAGAGGAGUUGUCUACCUGGAAAUUUCUUCUCGCUUUUGCUACAAUUCGGUGGUCAACGUCAAGGCUUAUGUGCUGUCCAAGUUCCCGCGGAUCGUACCAAAUCAGCGAUUGGAUCCUGAACGGCUAAAAUGUUUGGAAACAUUGCAGCUAGCGGACCCACAUUUUGACAAGCCCGGCAGAAUCGAUAUUAUUCUCGGAGCUGAUGUUUUCUUGGCUAUUUUGGAAGAUGGCAAGGUAAAAGAUGGAUCGGGACUUCCAGUGGCGAUCAACUCAACUUUUGGGUGGAUUGUUGCCGGUCAAGUUUUCGACGCCAGCGAGGUGAAUUGCAACACGGCCAUCAUCAGUCUCAGCAUGGACAUGGACAUCGACAAGGUUCUCCGGAAAUUUUGGGAAGUUGAAGAGGUCAACAGACCGAAACCUUUGACACAGGAGGAGCAGCAAGCAGUGGAUUUCUUUAAUACUACGCAUCGACGUGAUGAAACUGGUAGAUUUACAGUGCGUUUACCGUUCGACGAAAGCAAACCCGCAUUAGGUGAAUCGAUGCCAGCAGCAAUCCAGCGGUUGAAGGCGAUGGAAAGGAGAUUCGUUCGAGAUCCAGGCUUCAAACUGAUGUACGGUGAGUUCAUGACCGAGUACCUUAAUCUUGGUCCCAUGGAGAGGAUUCCAGACGACGAGGUUAACGUUGCGCCGGAGAAAAGUUUCUACCUUCCACAUCACGGUGUCACGGUGCGGCAAGACAGUGUAACAACCAAAUUGCGAGUCGUGUUUGACGGCUCAUGUCAAUCGUCAUCCGGAAUUUCUUUGAACGAGAAACUGUUAACUGGACCGAAGGUCACCGAGGACUUGCCUGUCGUCCUCACCCGUUUUCACUCUUUCGGAUUCCGUUUGAAUUUCGACAUCGACAAGCCAAACACCAAGUGGCAACUUCUAUCAGAUUCAGCCCGGUUUUUCGAUCCCUUGGGCUGGAUCUCACCGAUAAUUGUGCGUAUCAAGAUACUGUACCAAACACUGUGGUUGCGGGAUGACCCACUUCCAGCUGUUAUCAACAAGGAGUGGAACAACAUCAAGGCAAGUUUGGCAUCAAUCGAAGACAUUCGCAUUCCAAGAUGGAUCGUAAAUCACCACAGAGCGGUGUACAGCUACAUGGAUUCGCUGACGCGUCUGAAGCAGCUUAUGCAGCAGUGGUGUACGCCAGAUCUAAAGACGAUGAUGGCAAUGUCAGCAUUUCGCUGGUUGCGAGCAAAACCAAGGUUGCUCCUAUUCAGCAAGUGUCCCUUCCUCGGCUUGAAUUAA